AUGGGAACGUCCUAUGAGGCAAUUAAUGCAUUCGCAACUGCUGGAAUUACUAUCACUGCUCGUCAUAUGGAUAGGAAGAAAGCUGACCUUGCAGAAUUGCAUGAUGAUCUAAUCAAUACUUAUCUUAAUAGGGACAUUAGGAAGGCAAUGAUACUCGAUAUUGAUGACUACCACAAUAUUCAUGCCGAACGGACACUAGAUACUUGCUCAACUUCGCCGGUCUCACACAUGACGACUCUGAUGUUAAACUCGAUUGAGACCGAUGCCAUUUCGAUCUAUGGACCGAAUGGUGUGUCAGUUCACAACCAUGCACUAAUUGAUCCACUCAUUAUUUCUAAAUAUUUAGACGAGAAGUACAUGAGAGUUAUGACAGUAACUUUCAGCGAGCGCUUUUACCAUGAUGAUUCAAUGGAUGCAAGAUUGAAUGUACUAAAUUUACAUUCAUAUGAUGAUCGAAUGAAAUCCCGACAAGAAGAGCGUAGGAUGAAAGAUUGUAUGCU